UUCCCAAAAUCAAACUCAAACCCCUACUCUUGUCUCAUAUCUCAAGUCUUGGAGCUUCAGUCCUGUAACAUCAAUGGCUUCCAUCACCAAGCUUCGAUUACUUAACUCAUGUAAUCGUCAAAAACUUUUUCCGGUAUAUCAAAUUCAAGCUCGUCAUUUGUCAUCAAUCCUAAACCCUGAUUCCACCACUCCUCUCUCCAGCAAAGAGAAAUCACGAGCGGCUCUUUCUCUCCUCAAAUUCGAGAAAAACCCAGAACGAAUUAUUGAAAUCUGCCGAGCAGCUUCACUCACGCCGGAAUCUCAUCUCGAUCGCGUUGCCUUCUCGAUCGCCAUUUCAAAGCUCACCGAGUUAAAUUACUUCGAGGGAAUCCGUAAUUUCAUCGACGAGUUACUUAAAACCCGACCAGAUUUGAACAAUGAGAAGUUCAUCUCUAACGCGAUUAUUUACUACGGUCAAGCUGGGCUGUUAACCAAUGCAUUCCAACUGUUCGAUAAAAUGCCCGAACUGGGUGCUGUUCAAAACGCGAAAUCUCUAAAUGCUCUACUGUUUUCUUGUAUGUUGGCAAAGAAAUACGACGAGGUGAAGCGUGUUUAUCUCGAUUUUCCUCAAAAAUACGGCAUCAAGCCUAAUCUCGAUACCUAUAACACCGUGAUCAAGUCCUUUUGCGAAUCAGGCUCAUCGAGUUCAUGCUACUCAGUGACAGCCGAGAUGAUCAGAAAGAAAUGCAAGCCAAAUGCAACCACAUUCGGCACCAUGAUUGCUGGGUUUUACAAAGAAGAAAAGUUUGAGGAAGUUGGGAAAGUGCUCGAAAUGAUGAAGAAGUAUGAAGUUCCUGUAACCCUUGGAACGUACAACAUCAGGAUUCAGAGCUUGUGUAAGCUUAAAAAGACCAUGGAAGCUAAAGCUUUGCUCGAUGGGCUUCUUUCAAGAAAAAUUAAACCAAAUUCAUUCACUUACAGUCAUUUGAUUCAUGGGUAUUGCAGGGAGGGAAAGUUAGUUGAAGCUAAAGAGUUAUUUCAGACAAUGAUCAAUGGUGGUUUUAAACCAGAGAGUGAUUGUUACUUUACACUUGUUCAUUAUUUGUGUAAAGGUGGUGAUUUUAAAGCAGCAUUGGAGGUUUGUAAGAAGAGUAUGGAGAAAGAUUGGUUUCCUAAUUUUUCUACUAUGAAGUUGCUUGUUGAAGGGCUUGCAAAUAGUGAUAAGGUUGAUGAGGCAAAAGAGAUUAUUGGAAAGGCAAAGGAGAAGUUUCCUAAGAAUGCUGAUAUGUGGAAUGAAGUAGAGGAGAAAUUACCAAAAUAGACAUGGUAUGUUGAUGAUAACAUGAUUUCUUGAUUUUGCAAUGUUAACAUUAUCAUCAUUAGGUAUGGUGAAUCCUUUAUAUUCCUAGCUCAUAAUUUGGUUUAAAUUAAAUUGCAUUGCUUUCCAGUUUCCAUAUCA